AUGCAGUUCAAAUUGAAAGUUCUCGUAGUCUCUUCCCUUUUUGUGCUGGCACUUGGUCAGGAAGUGAGAUCUCGUGCUGAUUAUUCCAAAGACAUUAAACUGGAUAAUCCUGUGGGUUUCAGUGAAAAGGCGGGAAAAGCUCAAAGAGCUCGUCAGGGACGAUUCUUUGGCCUCCUGAGUCUCUUGGCGGGACUUUCUCUUUCUGACGAAUUCCUCUUUGACUCCGACACAUGGGCAGAUCAUCACAAAGGAGGAGUGAAUAUCAAUACGAAACUCCAGACAUCUCCAUAUGGAUUUGGAUGGCCAUAUGGACCGAGAUAUGUUCCUGUCUUGAUUCCUGCUUCGUAUUUGAGCUCUCUGAAGUAUAGUCCUGACCAGAAGCUUCCAGAAAGCUCAAAUCAACAAAUAGUGAACAUCGAUUCCCCGGUGAAGAAAGAGAGUUAUAAAGAAGUGACUUCAGGACAGAUUUCUGGGCAGAAAAAUAGUGCAAGUGCUGAGAGAUUUACAAGAGAAGCUGCAGAACUUCAGAACAGAACAGAUAUGGAUGCUAGUGGAAUGGAAACUAAUGCAACAGUUGAGGAAAUUCUUGAGAAGCCCAUGAAUCAGUCAGAGAACCUUGUGAUGGAGAAUGAGGGAAUGACGGAAAAUGAGGGAAUGAUGGAAAUUGGGGGAAUGAUGGAAAAUGUAACCCAACCCAUUCCCACAGAAUCCACAGGAAUGUCCCAGAGUCACGAACAGACGACUCCAGUGAGUUUUGAGGUGGGAAUGAUGCCAGAAAUUGAGCACCUUGCUGAAAAUCUCACGAUCAACGAACUGGAAAAGCCAUCUAGUUGGAUCCCAUCGGGAAAUUCAUCUUACUACAGGAAGUACCCAACAUCUAUCAAUAUCGAUGAUAUCCGCUUUACGACUUUGUACCCACCUCUGGGAACUCCACCUCCAGAUCAUGAAGAUUUCCAAGCCAGUCCUGAAGAUGAAAGUCAUUUUCGGAGAGCACCUGAUACAUUCCAGCCAGUUAUUCAGGUGCCCAUCUUUUGGAGAAGUCGUUGA